AUGCCCAUUCUGAACCUUGGCACGCAGCAGCGCAUCUUUGACUACGGUUCCCGGCAGACUGUAUCCAAAGAUGAAAAGCGAGUGGCAGCGUGUGCGCUGCAGUUCAGUGGGCUUUUGACUGGUACAAUGCUGGCGAGAUGUGCUUCGUUUGCUUCCCAACCAAACUCGGCGUGGAAGUGUCUUGCUAUCAUCAAGCGCCGCCGCUAUGACGAAACACCAACACGUAUCACAGUUCGUGAGGAGCCUUUUCGCUUCGAGCAGCUUGGUAAGUCAGAGGCUACAGCUGAAGUGGCGAAGCUUUUUCAGACCGAGUUAUGCUGUGGAAUGCUCUUGUACAAUGCUGCUACUGGUGAUUCAUGCUUGAUGAAGAUGACACUUCCUUCUAUGAUGGCUUGUGUUGAUUCUGCCUCGGCAGAAAACAUCGUGAGAGUUCAAUCUGAAGCAGAGUCGAUUAUUCCAUCAUUGCAUCGUUUGAGCCAGAAAGCAGAUGUGGUGUUCAACAUUCCUGUCACAGACAGAGCAUCGGCGAACAUCCGCGCAGAGCGUGAGCUCAACACUGCGACCCCGAACGGAGCAUCCACCCACUUUUAUUGCAGAGUCCACAAAGCUUCACAGACCCAAACGAAACAGUUCUCGCAUGCCGAGCUGCACGUGUCAGGUUUGUUACACGUUGCUUUGUCGCAGCGAGGGGGAGGAGCUCGGCGCGCAUUGAGGAACAUCCUGUAUGAGGUGAUCAAAGAGAGACUUGUCAUCUUUAUCGGGGAAGCUCCGGGCCGGUAUUUGGACACUACUUGGAACCAGCACGGCAAAGUGCCACUGAAGAGAGUGGACACACAACGGUGCGUGAUCACCAAGUUUUUCAAUGGAGAUCUGCAAAACCAUGAAAAUGUUGAAUACUAUUCUGCAGAGCCUAUCAGCAGGGACAAGGUGCUUCAGCUUUACCGGUCCCUGGUGAUCCCACUUCUUCUGCCGAGUAUCUGCCCCAUUUUUCCGAGGUCGCGUUGGAUAGGGGGAGAGCAUAGCAUUUCCUGGUGUGGGCUACUGGCGAGCUUACACGGGCUUCUGAAGCCCCUGCUCCUUCAAUGGGGCGCUCCACAGGGCCUUCCUGCUCUGCCACAGGCUGCAAGUUCGGUGGUGGGCUCAACAGCUGCAGGCAAUGCAGUGCCUGAUGCAGGGCUCCCAGCGGGUGAUAUGGACUGGGACUAUGAUCCAGUUCUUGCAGCAGAGGCUGAGAAAGAUUUGCUUGAUCGUGCAACAGGGUCCGUAGACUGGGCGAAAAUCAACAGUUCCAUGAGGCUGCGCUCCGCUCGGUGGGGUGAUCGCAGUGACACGUGUGCAGCCCUGGUCUGCAUGCGUUCAGUCAUGAAUCCCUGCCUACAGCUGAUGCAUGGGCUCUUGAAGCAAUCUGGGUUGAAGUUCGAGCGAUGCUGGGCUGAUUUCAGCAAAAGCUGGAUGCUAGAAGGCAGCAGCGACUGCAAGCCGAAGGACUCCCUCGUGAGUACCGUGUCGUCGCAGGCUCUCGAUCUGCAGGACAGGACUAGAAGGACCCGUGUCCUUUUGUUCCGCAUGCUGUCGACUGCGGGCGGUGCCCUGCAGCUCCUGCUUGGCCGAGGAGAUGUUGGCUACCCGUACAAGCUCUUCCGCCUGCUGCUUUCAGACAAUCCUCAUGCUGUCGAAGAGGUUUUUUCGGACCCACCAUGCCUCUACGACGAGAUCACGGCCAAGAUGGUGUUGAAGUUCCCCUCUGCGCGGGAGAUGGUGUCAGCAGAAGGCUUCACACUUGCAGUUUCUUUGGCGGAGAUGGUCUUGCUCGAUAUCGCGGGAGUAGAAGCCCGCCAUGCAGCAGCCAGGAGGAUCAAUGUUCUGCGAUCCACUCAGACAAACACCUUGUCAUUUGAAGCAUUGUGCUUUCCAGGGUGGCCUCCUCAGACGCCCGCCGACGAAGAGGAGGUGGUGGUCCAUGGCGUGCCUUUCUUCAUGUUCGAAAGCCUGGUUUUGGACGACAGAGCUCUGUCUCAGCAGAGUACCGGAGGCUCAAAAGGGGCGGUCGCCAGUCGGAGGAAUUUGCACAUCUUCUUCGAAUCGGCCACCUGGGAACAAUUGCAAGAAGAGCUGGUCACAAAUCCUUUGGUGACAGGGAUUUUGCUUGCAGCUGCUGGGCCAACGGAGCUUGCAAAUCAGAUGGUCGCCGUGGCUACCAAAGCCAAGGAAGUCACUCGGCACAUUGACAAAGAAUGGCAAGAUGACUUGCAGCAGAUCGCUCUCUGCUCCAAAGAGACUGCUGCUGAAUUGAGAAAGGCAGAGCAGCAACCGAGCCCCAUGGGCAACCUGGCAACAUCCAUAUCUUCCUCGCUUCUCCCGUUGCGACCUCUGCCAUUGCCUCAAGCCCUGCCUGCUUCAGGAGAUUCUGUGCAGGACCAGGACGGAGCCAAGGGAUCCAUGUUCAGUUUGGAGUGUUUGCCACCGGCUGCAGAGCUCACGAAGGAGUUCUUCCGUGUUGUGCCCUCCGCCGCAGCGAGCACUGGUGGGGUGCUACAACAGCUUGAGGAGGAUGUUGCGAACCGGACUCUCAUGAGGCUUCAUGCUGAGGCUCCCAAACUUUCAGACAUUGGCCCGGACGAGGCACGUUUCCAACUGAAGCCAUGUUAUGGCUACGGUGUUUGCAUUUGUGGUGACUGUGUGCUUGCAAAGCGCUUUCACAGCAACCUGGUGGCAUUCUUUCGCCCCUACCUCAGGGUGACCCGGGAACCUCGCCCCAAAGGUGCUGCAAAGGCCACGGCCAAGAAGCCGGUGCCAAGACUAUUAAUGGAGCAAGGAAUGUUUGUUUUCAAAUUUCAAUCAAUGCCUCUGGAGACAGAAGUUCCGGAUGUUUCAGCAAGGUGGGAGCAGAUUUGUGACAGCUUGGUGCAUGGCUCAGAGAUUGCAGUCGUGCCUUCGCGGUCAGUGUUUGAAUCCCCGAAGCACGAGAGCAAGACAGUUUGGGCUCAUGUUUCAUUUGCAAACUAUCGGGAUUGGACGUUCAGUUUGUCGUUUCUGGAGGAAGCUGGUGAGGCAACAACAGAGUCAGGGCAGAAGCUGACAGUGCUGAAGGUGCCCGAGCAAGCGCAAUUUGAGACAGAUGUGGCAGCUUUCAAGACCAAGUUUGACUUGAAACCGUGUUGGAUUGUUUCUGCUUAUGUCAUCUACGCCGAUGCUGAGAUUUUGCCAGAUAUGGAUAUGGCUCCAGAUGUUGUGGAGGUGACCCGCUUGAUGAGCAUUCCGGAGCUUCGCCUGUGGAAGGCUUGUCGGGCUUGGUUUGUGCAUUUGUGUUCUUUUGUUAAGUAUUGCUGUCCUUCAAGUUUAAUGUUUAAUGUCAUUGGUCGUUAG